AUGCCCCCGUGGCUGGUGCCUGCCCUGUGUGUCCUGCUGGCACCGCAUCGUCCCCGCUGGCACUGCCGCGGCUUGGACCUUGCCCCUGGUGCCUCGACGGCCAGCGCUGGGGGGGUCCCCCCCACCUUGGAGGGAGGGUGCUUGCUUGGCGAGCUGCUGCGGCACAAACCAGGAAGGGACAAGCGGCAGGAGCACGGCAGCGUCUCCGACGAGGCCCCUCGGGGAGCUGCCUUCCUGGGAGACAUCGCCCUGGAUGAGGAGGACCUGCAGCUCUUCCAGGUGGACCGGGUGGUGGACCUGGCACGCCACACCAUCACACGCCUGCCCACCAACUCCUCAGGUACCACCGCGGUCCCGGCCCUCCGGGAUGCCUCCAUCCCCGGAGGCUGCCCGCACUCACCACCCCACUCCCCGCAGGCAGCCACGCCACCAGCGCCAGCCCGCGGCCGGGCCACCCACCACCCCGCCCGGGCCCUUUUUUUUAUCAGCGGCAACUUCAGCGGCAGCCAGCGAGCCAUCUUCCGGCAGGCGAUGCGGCACUGGGAGAAGCACACCUGCGUCACCUUCCUGGAGCGCAACGACGAGGACAGCUACAUCGUCUUCACCUACCGCCCCUGCGGGUGCUGUUCCUAUGUGGGCCGCCGAGGAGGGGGACCCCAGGCCAUCUCCAUCGGCAAAAACUGUGACAAAUUUGGCAUCGUGGUGCACGAGCUGGGCCACGUCAUCGGGUUUUGGCAUGAGCACACGCGUCCUGACCGGGAUGACCAUGUCUCCAUCAUCCGGGAGAACAUCCAGCCAGGGCAGGAGUACAACUUCUUGAAGAUGGAGCCAGAGGAGGUGGAGUCGCUGGGCGAGACGUACGAUUUCGACAGCAUCAUGCACUACGCCAGGAACACCUUCUCCAGGGGCAUCUUCCUCGACACCAUCCUGCCCAAGUACGAUGUGAACGGGGUCCGGCCUGCCAUCGGCCAGCGGACACGUCUGAGCAAAGGGGACAUCGCCCAGGCUCGCAAGCUCUACCGCUGCCCGGCCUGUGGGGAGACGCUCCAGGACAGCCAGGGCAACUUCUCCUCCCCUGAGUUCCCCAACGGAUACUCUGCCCACAUGCACUGCGUCUGGAGGAUCUCUGUCACCCCCGGAGAGAAGAUCAUCCUGAACUUCACCACCCUGGACCUCUACCGAAGCCGGCUGUGCUGGUACGACUACGUGGAGGUGAGAGACGGGUUCUGGAGAAAGGCCACGCUGCGAGGCAGGUUCUGCGGGAACAAGCUGCCCGAGCCCAUCAUCUCCACCGACAGCCGCCUCUGGGUCGAGUUUCGGAGCAGCAGCAACUGGGUGGGCAAAGGCUUCUUCGCCGUCUACGAAGCUAUCUGCGGGGGGGACGUGAAGAAGGACAACGGGCACAUCCAGUCCCCCAACUACCCCGAUGACUACCGGCCCAGCAAGGUGUGUGUCUGGAAGAUCACCGUCUCCGAGGGCUUCCACGUGGGCUUGACCUUCCAGUCCUUUGAGAUUGAGCGGCACGAUAGCUGCGCCUACGACUACCUGGAGAUCCGGGACGGCAGCAGCGAGUCGAGCAGCCUCAUCGGGCGCUACUGCGGCUACGACAAGCCAGACGACAUCAAGAGCACCUCCAACAAGCUCUGGAUGAAAUUCGUCUCCGACGGCUCCAUCAACAAGGCGGGCUUCGCCGUCAACUUCUUCAAAGAGGUGGACGAGUGCUCGCGUCCCAAUAACGGCGGCUGCGAGCAGCGCUGCCGCUGCGGCAACACCCUGGGCAGCUACAAAUGCGCCUGCGACCCUGGCUACGAGCUGGCCUCCGACAAGCGCCGCUGUGAGGCCGCCUGCGGAGGUUUCCUCACCAAGCUCAACGGCUCCAUCACCAGCCCGGGGUGGCCCAAGGAGUACCCCCCCAACAAGAACUGCAUCUGGCAGCUGGUGGCCCCCACCCAGUACCGCAUCUCCCUGCAGUUCGACUUCUUCGAGACGGAGGGCAAUGAUGUCUGCAAAUACGACUUCGUGGAGGUGCGCAGCGGGCUGACCGCCGACUCUAAGCUGCACGGCAAGUUCUGCGGCGCCGAGAAGCCGGACGUCAUCACCUCCCAGUACAACAACAUGAGGAUCGAGUUCAAAUCCGACAACACCGUCUCCAAAAAAGGCUUCAAAGCCCAUUUCUUCUCAGACAAGGACGAGUGCUCCAAGAACAACGGGGGCUGCCAGCACGAGUGCCUCAACUCCUUCGGCAGCUACGAGUGCCAGUGCCGCAGUGGCUUCGUGCUGCACGACAACAAGCACGACUGCAAGGAAGGUGGGUCCGCGCCCCAAAACCCCCCCGCAUCCCCGGCAGGACCCCCCCACCCUUGCACCCGUGACCCGCCGCUGUCUCCGCAGCCGGAAUGCGCCUACGACCACCUGGAGAUCUACGACGGCAAGGAUGCCAAAGCCCCGGCGCUCGGCCGCUUCUGUGGAGCCAAAGAGCCCGAGCCCCUCAUCUCCUCCGGCAACAAGAUGUUCCUCAAGUUCGUCUCUGAUAACUCCGUCCAGAAGAAGGGCUUCGAGGCCACCCACACCACAGUGUGCGGGGGCCAGGUACGCGCCGAGGUGAAGACCAAGGACUUGUAUUCACAUGCGCAAUUUGGGGAUAACAACUACCCGGGGGGCUCGGACUGCGAGUGGGUGAUCAUGGCCGAGGAGGGCUACGGCGUGGAGCUCAUCUUCCAGACCUUUGAGAUCGAGGAGGAAGCCGACUGCGGCUACGACUACAUGGAGCUCUUCGAUGGCUACGACGGGACGGCCCCGCGCCUCGGCCGCUUCUGCGGGUCCGGGCCCCCGGAGGAGGUCUACUCAGCCGGAGAUUCGGUGAUGAUCCACUUCCACUCAGACGACACCAUCAACAAGAAGGGUUUCCACCUUCGCUACACCAGCACCAAGUUCCAGGACACGCUGCACACGAGGAAAUGA